CUAGUCGCAAACUCAAGGUGUUCCUCCCUGUGCGCUCGGACACCCUGCCACCACCAAUUUCAGUACAAGCAUUUCUAGUCUUCCAUUACUCUGCGUCAUGCAAAAUUCCAUAGCUCUGGUGCUCUUUGCCAUUUACUUUCACUCCACGACAGAAACGACAACAAAGUGUUCCCAUAGUAUUGUAUUCGAAAAAAUCCUUGGGUUACGCCCCGUACCGGAACGCAACAGCCUUAAUGAUGAGAAACCCGUACUUCCGUUGUAUGCUGCCAGCAAGUCUAGCGACGAAACCGUCAACGUAAAGUGUGCGCGGCUCUGCCGUGAUGAUCCAGCCUGCACGGGCUAUCUGCUGGUGUUUAGCCAGAACACAUGCUAUGGGUACACAACCAAUCGGUCCACCGUAACUCGGAAUCGCUACGACUACAUCGACGAGGGUGGUAGCCACCAAUUAGUGCCCGAUGCUAACGUUGCCUUUUUUGUGAAAAGCUGUUUGGACGCUCCAAUAAAAUGCGUCAACAGUAAGCUUUUUCCGAUCGUGGCUAUCGCUGGUGCCAGCUUGGUAGGACAAAACUUCAUCCAGCUUCCAAAGUUGGUAACACGGGACGAAUGCAUCAACGGGUGUCUGCGAGAGCAGCGCUUUGCUUGUCGAUCGGCACGGUUUGUCCAUUCCGUUCGAAACAACCGGCAGCGACUGCAGCGGAAAUCCGAACGGACACAGCUCGGGCAGUGUUACCUCAGCAAAGCCAAUAAAUUUACAAACCCAGAAUCGUUUGGGUACGGGUGGGAAAAUGAAGAGUACCUGGAAAAUCAAUGUCAUGAAAUGCAACGCGGCGAAGCGGCGUGCUCAUUCGAGCAGAAUCGUGACACUGCAUUCGUGUACGCCGAUGACUCGAUGAUCGUAUCGGACGAACGAAGUUGUAGCGAGCGAUGCUUACAUGAAGAUCGUUUCGCCUGCUUAGGUUACACGUAUCAUAACUCCACGAGAGGAUCGCCAAUAUGUUCCCUGCACUCGGACGAUCUUACUUCGCUGGGUCCCAAAGCCACCCAGGUAAUAAACGGUUCCCUGUAUGCCCGGAGGGUACAAUGUUUAACGAUCGACGCUCAGUGUCAAAGUGUUACGAUCAAAGUGAAUUUCGAUCCUUCGCCUGGGUUCCACGGAAAAAUGUAUCUCAACACACCGCAGGUCAAUUGCAGUUUGCAAUCAACAAACAGAACAGCGCGAGUUUUGGAAAUUGUAACCGGAAAUGAGAUCGCCGAAUCUCGCUGCGGAAUUAGGAGGGCAUUUAUCAAGGAAAACAUGUUCAGUUUUCUGAUAUUCGCCUACGUCUACAUCCAACAGGAUCCAGCUGUUCGGACGCAGUCCGACCGAGUUCUGAAAAUCGGCUGCAUCCAUCAUUCCGAUUCGUCCAACACAACCACACUGAUGCGCAACAUGCCCAUGAAACCGACGGUGGACUUCAUUCCCCAUCGGCAAUCGCUCAGUUUCGGGUCGACGGAGCUGAACAAUGGAACGGACAAAGUCACGAAGCACGUCACCGUCAAACUGAUCGACGUCGAAACGCAGGCCGAAGUUUUCGAGGCGACCGUCGGCCAACUGAUCGAAAUGCAAGUCAUAUCCGUGAAUCAUGAUUAUGACUUGAUGCCCUACGAUCUGGUGGCCCACUCUGGCGGCGAAACCGUCCGACUGUUGGACGACAAGGGCUGUCCGCUGAAUAGAAGAAUCUUCAACGGAUUUCAGCGGCAAAAGUCAACCGCGGCACUCAAACUGCGGGCCCGAUUUCACGCGUUUAUGCUUCCCGAUUCGACGACGCUGAACUUUCGACUCGCGAUCAAAUUUUGUUACAAAUCUUGUCCCAAAGUAGUGUGUUUUUAUCAAUAA